AUGGCAAAGAAGAAGGGGAAAAAGAGUGCAACUCUUGUUGAUCCCCGAGUAGAUUCCUGGGUUCAAGAGUGUGAUGAGCUUCUUAGUCUACCUGCCGAGAUUACAGAUAUCACGCCUAUUAUUCCAUACGACAUGGACAAAAUCAAUAACAUACUUAAAACCAACCUGAAAAGGUAUGAUAUACGCCUUAAGCCUGACCUUUCAAAGUUAACAAGGUAUAGUUUCUUUGAUUCCUCCAAGUUCACCGACUUUACCAUUCAAACCGCGGAAGAUGACUUCAAAGUUCAUAAGAGGCCUGCAGCUAAUGACUCUCAGGAGACUGCGAAAAACGUUAUUGAUCUCUCGAAGGAUGACCCCUAUACUAUUAAAGCAAUGGUCCGUUUUAUAUACGAGACCGAUUAUGAUGGGAGUGGUAGCAACCGAGGGCGAAUCUCACCUAUGCUCUUCAACGCCAGAAUGUAUGAAGUUGCAGAGAGAUAUUCUAUACCCCAUCUAAAAGAACGAGCCAAAGGGAAAUUCACAGAUGCCGUGCAUACCUAUUGGGAUAUGGAUGACUUUUCCCCAGCUAUUAUAGAGGUUUAUACAAGCACCCCCUCCACCAAUCGAGGGCUACGUGAUAUAAUUUCGCAGACUGCCUUCCAACAUAUCGGGUCACUCCUGCAUAAGGACGACUUUCAGUUAGUUUUGGUAGAGCAUGCUGGGUUUUCCGCAGACAUCGUUCGGCUCCUCGCCAAUAAACCUCUGGCUAACCCCCCAAAGAAAAACUGA